AUGACUCUUUCUGCUUCCAACACAAUGGAAUUGUGUUACGGAACCAGAUCCUUUCCUCAGUCGAUCGAUCUCCCCGGUGCCUGGCAAGGCAAUCAGUUCUCCGACGAAUCCGAAUACGUAUACCAUCUCAACUCUUCAGAAAUCGACGAAGUGGAAAACGCUCUUUCGUACUUCAAAGGCAAGGUAGGUAUAAGGCUUGAUCUUAUACGGCUUGAUGUUUAUGAGGGGAAGGGGUUCGGACUGGUUCGAGGACUCAAUCCCUUGAAUUACUCUGCUGAGGACUUGACGAUGAUGUACCUCGGUAUUCAGUCAUAUAUCGCCAAUCUUCGAGGUCGGCAAGAUGAAAAGGGAAAUAUGCUGGUCCACAUCGUGGCCGACAACUCCUCUAAUCUUUCUAGUCGGCAUCAUCGCCAUUCAACAUCCGAAAUCAUGUUCCAUAACGAGGAGUCUGGAGACGUUGUGAGCUGGCUGACAAGGAGCACUGCUGCCUCAGGCGGGACAUGCAUCAUCGCUUCAGGGUAUGAGGUAUACAAUACCCUGAAUCGACACAACCCCGCAUCUAUUCGUCAGCUUUCUCAGCCGAAAUGGGUUUUUGCAAACCAAGAAGGAUAUCCCAGACCGAUAUUCUUCUAUCACCGCAACAGAAUCAUGCUCAACUUCGGUCGAGUCCCACUAAUCGGCAACGCGAUCCAUCCGCGCCCUGCUCAUCUGCCGCGAAUCUCCAUGAAGCAGCUCAAAGCUUUAGAAGACAUUGAAGUCGCAGCUAGAAAAUCCCAGCUAGAGAUUGAGACGAAACCCGGUGAUAUCCACUUCAUCAAUAACCUCUUCAUCUUGCACAAGCGUGAUAGCUUCAAGAACGGUGAUGGAGUUGGCGAGAAGAGGCAUUUGGUCAGGAUGAGGCUCCGGGAUGAUGAGUUAGGCUGGAAUCUACCGGAGAGUUUGAGAAAGGAGUGGGCAGAUGCGUUUGGGGCGGGUUCAGAUAAGCUUUGGCAUGUUGAUCCUAUGCCGGAAGGAUUCUUUCCUUUGAGAUCGUAUCCUAAUUAA